CAGUCAAUGCUGCAAAAGUACGCGGUGGUUGACUCAACGUCCGACGCACACUCCACGACGCUCUUGCGGCCCAAAGACUUGCCUUUUUAUUAGAAACCUUCCCAGUUAUGGCGGCUCAAGCCCCCACCCACACACUUGCGUGACAAGGUUUUUCUUGGGUAUUCUGUGGAAUUGGAGUUUGGUAAAAAUGUCUGCGACCAACUCUGAAGGUGAUUCAAAAAAUGAAGCUGCAAGCUCAAGUGAAGCAGAGCAGCCUCAGAUUAAGGGUAUUCGAAUGCCAACAAUGGAGGAAAUUCGUGCUCAAGAAGUUUGGGAUAAUUGUGCUGUUCGUAGCGUCGUUAGUGGAGUCAUGGGAGGUGGGCUAGGAUUGUUCAUGGGCUUGUUUUUGGGUGCAUUGGAUAAUCCUAUAAUGCAAGAUCAAAUGACUGGUAGGCAACAAUUUGUUUAUACCGCAAAGCAAAUGGGGCAAAGAAGCUGGGGUUCUGCAAAAGCAUUUGCAGUUAUGGGCUUUGUUUUUUCUGCUGUUGAGUGUGUUGUUGAGAAGGCUCGAGCAAAGCAUGACACCACAAAUACUGUUGUUGCCGGUUGUGUAACUGGGGGAACUAUGUCAGCUAGAGGUGGUCCGAAAGCAGCAUGCGCUGGUUGUGCUGGUUUUGCAGCAUUCUCAGUUCUAAUAGAGAAGUUUUUUGAGAGACAUACUUGAGGUAACAGUUAACCUGCUCCAGUUUUGCAGACAACAAUUGCUUUACAGUUUAGACGGAAGUCAUAGUUCGUUCACCUUCUGAAUUCAUCAUAUCGUUUAUGCAAUUUUACUUGAUUCACCUUCUGAAUUCAUCAUAUCGUUUAUGCAAUUUUACUUGAUUCACCGACAACAAUGGGAGGGACAUAUUCUCAAGAGCUCCCCUGCUAAAAUCUUCGGUGUUUUCUGAUUUUUGAUUCACUACAUUUCGAUCCCAAAUGUAAUUGAUUAUAUCUUGGAGUUUGACUCCAUUAAACAAAUGGGUGGCUCCAAGUUGGUUGAACUUUAUUUUUUGGGUUA